CCCACUGUCGUGCCAGAUGACUCGGUGCCCGCUGUCGAGCUUGCUGACUCGGUGCCCGCUGUCGUGCCAGAUGACUCGUUGCCCGCUGUUGUGCCAGAUGACUCGGUGCCGGCUGUCGUGCCUCUGUCCCCUGCCCAGCCUGACGUGCCUCUGUCCGCUGCCCAGCCUGACGUGCCAGCCUCUGAUGUCCAGCUAAACUGGCCAAUAACUGGUUCCCAGCCUGCUCCUGGAGAUCCUGUGUCCAGUAACCUGCC